AUGAAGGAAAAAGGAGCAGACGUUAACAGCAGAGGAAACUGGAGUAAGAUUUGGGAGAAUAAAGCUGCAGAGGCUAGAGAAAAAGGAGAGGAAACAAAAGAAACUCUGAAGGAAGCUGGCGUGUUGACAAGAAAGAAAAUAAAAAGUGAGGUUGAAAAGCAGACAGCUCGUGUGAGUAAGUACAUGCAGUGGAUAAUGUUAUGGAACGCAGCCAGACCUAAUAUGAAGAAAGUGAAGAAGGAGAAUAAAUCUCCACCCCCGUACUCCUCAGCUACUGCUCCAGCAGCUGGAAUUAAUGAAAUAUUAAACAGCAGCCCGUCUGCAAACAACCCAGCUGCACCAUUCGAAUUAAGGGCUAAACGACAGGACAUAGAUAACUCACAAAAACAAUUCACCACUCCCUACUUCAAUCAGGGCCUGGUCGCACCUGACUAUGGCACAGCAGCCAGUCAGAGUCAUGAAUCCCUCCUACAAGAGGAGUGGCAGAAGCCACUUACGAAGGAAGAGUUUGAGGGAGAAGGGGACCUGCCUUCCCGCCCUCCAUCCCCAGACCCAGACAGAAGACAUACCAGGUCCAUGGGCCCACCGACCUAUCAAUUACCCUUGCCACAGAGAAACUCCGACGGUCAGGGAGCCACGGCAGACCCCCUGCUGUCAAUAACUGUAGAUGGACAACAUCAACCAUUUUUGGUUGACACUGGUGCCACCUGCUCCACCAUACAAACUGUACCACCCUCUAAGACAUCUACACGCACUAUCUCAGUUACGGGCUUCUCUGGGGAACAACAAACUCUGCCUUUCUCCCUGCCACUCCCAACUACGGUGGGAAACCAGACAGUACUGCACAGCUUUGUCUGUUCACCAACAGUUCCAGUCAACUUACUAGGAAGAGAUCUCCUCAUCAAAUUAGGAGCCACCAUUUUGUGUGGUCCUACGGGACUUACUGUCACUCUGCCAGAAGGGACUAUUUUGCCCUGCACUGGAGAAGCCAGUGAUGGCAUGUACUUAGCCCAAAAACUGCCUGACAUAUCAGACUGUGCUGAGAUUUACUGGGCUUUGUUGGACACAGAAACCAAGGACACUCCUGGCUUAAUGACUCUGUACCAGCAGUGGAAACCCUGGCUGACUCAGGUCCAUCCUUAUGUUUCCCCCCCUGACCCUCCUCACCUAACAUUAUUCUAUGACAGACAUGAUUCAGUCUGGUACAAAGAAGACUUCCAAAACCAACUAGAGGGACAGCAAUGGUGUGUACAAACAACAGAUAUUUAUGCUGCACCAGAAGGUGUGGCCGCGGCAGCCAACCUAACCCAGGAACAAUUGGCAUGGUACAUGAUGGGGGACGAAGCAAUUCGCUUCCCACCUCCCUGUGGUCAACAGGCCCCACCGAUGUUGGGUUGGUUUCCAUCCCACCUGUGA